UAUAAAAAUAAAAUUUAAAAAAAUUUAUACAAAAAAACACCAACUAGGUGUACAACAACAACAAUUAGAAAAACCAAACGAAUUAUUGAAAAAAAAAAAUAAGUGAAACAAAAGCAGAAAAAAAAAUUACGUUAAGAAAAUGCUAGAAAAAUGUUUUGUUCAUCGUGUGAUAAGUUGAUGACACAUAUUUCUGUAGUUUUGACCGCAUUCCUGCUGUUUUAUUUAAUAUGCCUGCCACCUAAUUUGACACAAGUGAAAGCCACUCCCGAGGAUGAAGCUGUUGGCAAAUGGGCCACCCAAUUUGGCGAUGAGCUGUGGGAACUCGCACAACGUAUGACUAAGUCACAAGAAAUUAAAGCGAAAUACAAAGAAUAUAAUGCCCGUGUAGAAUUAAAAAAUGGUACCGAACUUAUUAAAUCGAUCACAGCCAAUGUGGGCAAAAUGUUAGCCCGCAAAAUGGAUGCUGUUAAAUGUAUACAAGCUAAAGCCGAAGAUGUUUUCGAAAAUUUCGAAUACAAUCGAACGUAUGCUGAAAAUGAAUUUCAAUAUUAUUCCAGUAAAUUCUCAACAUUUGAGGGAAAAUCGGCUGAAGAGCUAAUGGAACAUUUACAGAAUAAUAGUUAUAUGUACUUGAAUAUGACACUAAAUCCGGAUACACAUUUUUAUAAUAUAUCUGUGAAUACAGAAUAUAGUUCCGUCCAUGUACCCUCCAAUGUGUAUGAUAAACACCCCAGAGUCCUAGAAGCCAUUAUGUGGACCGAAGAAUUAGAUGAGGUGUUUAAACAAAACUAUCAAUCCGAUCCCGCCUUGUCGUGGCAGUAUUUUGGCUCAGAUACUGGCAUUUUACGUCACUUCCCUGCCUCCCAAUGGGAGGAACACGAACCAGAUGGCAAUGCCGAUACUUAUGAUUGUCGCAAACGUUCGUGGUAUAUUGAAACCGCCACCUGUUCCAAGGAUAUUGUUAUUUUACUGGAUAAUUCUGGUUCUAUGACUGGCUUCCGUUUUCAUGUUGCCAAAUUUACUAUACGCAGUAUAUUGGAUACGUUUUCCAAUAAUGAUUUUUUUACCAUUUUUAAUUACUCCUCCACUACCGAUGAUAUUGUACCGUGCUUUAAGGAUGCUUUGGUUCAGGCUACGCCUGAGAAUAUAAAUGUUUUUAAUGAUGUGAUAAGUAAGAUGAAACCACAGGGUUAUGCUAAUUUGUCAAUUGCUUAUACGAAGGCUUUCGAGCUGUUAAAGAAGUAUUACAUAGAAAGACGCUGUAAUGAAACCUCCACCUGUAAUCAAGCCAUUAUGGUGGUUACCGAUGGUGUAGCCGGUAAUAAUACCGAAAUAUUCGAAAAAUACAAUUGGGGAGAUGGUGAAAAUGGGACAAUGAGUAUGAAGGUACGAAUAUUCACCUAUCUGCUGGGUAAAGAAGUGACUAAAGUUCGAGAAAUACAAUGGAUGGCUUGUCUUAAUCGAGGCUACUAUUCGCAUGUACAAACGCUGGAUGAGGUACAGGAAGAAGCGUUAAAAUAUGUAGAUGUAAUAGCGACGCCGCUGGUGUUACAGGAUGUGGAACAUCCGCCCACCUGGACGCAUUCAUUUACGGAUAAAACGUAUAAACCCGAGGGUAAUGCCACCGAUGCACGUCUUAUGAUAGCAGUAGGUGUGCCGGCCUUUGAUCGAACGUAUCGUAAAGCCAACAGUACCGCCCACGCCCGGUUAUUAGGCGUGGCGGGCACUGAUGUGCCUGUAGAAGAAAUAGAUAAAUUGACGUUGCCUUAUAAGCUGGGUGUUAAUGGUUAUUCUUUUGUGGUUUCCAAUAAUGGUUAUGUCCUACUACAUCCCGAUUUAAGGCCCAUAGGGCCCAACGGUGUCAUGAAUCCCAAUUACAAUAGUAUUGAUUUCACCGAAGUCGAACAACUAUUCGAGGACAAUUCUCCCCGUAAUCCUGGCGAGUCAAUUUUACAAUUAAGGCGCAGUAUGGUUAAUCAUGAAUCGGGUGAAUUUAAAGAUAUUAGUGUAAAGCUACACUAUGAUAAAAUGCGUCGAGUUUCGGAGGAAAAGCAAGAUUAUUUCUUUGCUCCUUUACCCAAUACCCCCUUUUCCUUGGGCAUUGUAUUGCCCAGUGAAUAUGGCAAGACUUGGAUUAAGGUGGGCGAGGAGGUGUUGAAGAAUAUUCAUAUGAAAAUCAAUAUAUCGGACUUUUUUGUGGGUGAAAAUUGGAAGGUGCAUCCCGAUUGGGUCUAUUGUAAAUAUCACUACUUGGAGGGUCAUGAAUUUAAGACGCCCGAAGCAGAACUUAAACAUUUCUUGGGUAAAAUGGUGCAAAAAGAUUGGAAAUGGUCGGAACAAUAUGAGGAAGAUGAACAGGAUAGAGAUGAUGAUGAUUUAAACUGUGGCCGCAAAUCCCUGUCGGAUGAUGCCUAUUAUUGCAACAAGGAACUGGUACACUUGCUGAUCUUCGAUGCCAAGGUAACUAAUUCCAGUUAUGGUGUCUGGAAAUUCGAAAGUGAGGAAGAGAAAGCUUUAAUUGAAAGAUUUGGAGCCACUUUACGUUUUGUGGCCACCAUGAGUGGUUUGACACGUUGGCAAUUUAUCUAUGGCGAAGUAGAGGUAGAGAAUGAUCGAGAGUUUGGAGAUUAUCAUACUAAAGCCAUAGAUGAAACUUGGUAUAGAAGCGCUAUAUUGGCACAUCAUGAAGAACGUACCGAUAGUUUUGUGUAUUCUGUCAAACAUCAUAGUGAUCCUGCCGAGGAUAGUGAAUUGAAAGUGACCGCUUCGCAUGCUAUCUUUCCCAGAGAUGGUGGUAAAGAGGCUCCAGCCUGUGUGGUGGGUUUUCAAUUUUCUCAUGCCCAAAUGUUGGAUCGUUUUUUCAAUAUAACCUCCACGGAUAAUUGUGAUGGCUGCAUUAAAACCUGCAACAGUGAUGAGUUUGAGUGUUAUGUUAUAGACAAUAAUGCCUAUAUAAUCCUGGCCAGAAAUGUUAAUCAUACGGGUAAAUUUUUUGGUGAAUUUCAAGGAGAUGUUAUGGAAGCCAUGGUACAAUUGGAAGUCUAUCAAAGUAUAGAUGUUUAUGACUAUCAAUCGUUAUGUGUGGAUGAAGAUGCCAAACAGAGUGAUGGCAGCAAUCUAAUGCACCCCUGGAAAGUUUUAACUGUAGCCUGGAAAUGGCUAGUGUCUUCCAUAUUUUGGCAUUAUUCACGCAUUAAAUGGUGGGUGGAUGGUGCACCCUUUUUGGAAUAUAACGAUGAUAUUGAGGAUGAUUAUGAUGCUGGUGGUUUUGGUCGUGAUAAUUUUGCUUCCAUGCAACCUAAACCCAAAGAGGAAGAUGAGGAUGAAAUGAUUUUCAAUGAACCUGAACCACCACCAGUUUAUGAGCCAUGCGAUAAGGUUACUACUUUAUAUAAUCUCCAACCGAAUUCUGUGGAGGGUAUUAACGAUGCCAUACGAUUACCAACUGUACGUCCAUUUUAUAUAAAGAAAAUACCACGUACAAAUUUACUGUUGGUGGUCAUAAAUGUAUUGAUGCCUUCGAAGGGUACGAAAAAAACCACCGAACCACAAAGACUAAUCUAUCCGAAGGAAUUUCCAUGCUAUAAACUCAAUAUGAGUUUCUAUGAACGGAGACGUAUUGAGGAGUGUUUUACGGAACAUCCGGAUGAGGAUCUUUACAGUUAUUGUGGUGACGCCUCAUCUUUAACAUCUAAUUUGUUAAUUUUAAGUCUAACACUGACGCUGGUUUUAAUAACACGUUAUUUAAGACGUGCCUGAAUUAUCAAGUUUUACUCUCCAUUUUUAACUCUGAACUGACACACUGAAAGUAAAGCACAAUUAAUUGAAAUGAAAAAACUAAAAAAAAAAACAACUUUAAAACAAUCAGGGAGUAGAAAAUGAAGAAUAAUUUG